AUGCCGAGCAAUCUGAACCCUGCCCCUUCAAGCCAAGCCAGCAACGCGCCCACUGCCAACGGCGCUCGAGAGCACAUCCGGCGAGAGUCUGCUGUCAGCCUUUCACGAGGACCCGUCAACGGUCUGAGAGCAGGUGAGUCAUUUGCUGCGCGUGCCUCGAGCCACAGUCGAGUGGCGUCAUCCGGCCAAGCUUCCGGUGCCUUGGCAUCGCGUACCACAGGAUAAAUUGCUGUCUCUACGAACGUCGCGAGCAUCCAGAGCUGACCGCUAUGCACAUCCUCGCUUCAUCACCCAGCUGCCGGAAUCAACUUUGGUUCAGUCGCAGAUCAGAACUCUGUUCUGUCUUCCUCCCCUGCUGCUCAACCUCCUUCGGGACAACACCUCAAAGGUAGUCAGCCGACGCAGUUUGGAAGUCUCGCCGCAGAAGUGGCAGACUCGAAGCCGCGCGAAAAGGUUAUGGGUUUUAAGGCCGGUAGUGGCGGCAGCGCAGGCGACGCAAGCACCGCUACCUCCCCAUCCAUUGCUAACACCGCAACAACCACAGAGGAAGCUAGCGCUGUUGCAAAGGCCGCAGCCCCCAAGAAGACGUUGGACUUUAACAAGCUGUUUCAAGGCAAUGGCUCCAAUGCUUCGUCUUCAGCGGCAACCCCCGCGGUCAGCAACGGUAACACGGCUUCUGCAUCGCCUGUGACAUCCACCACGGCCGCCGCAGUCAGCUCUCCUCAGCAGCCACAUCCGCCUGCUGGUGCUCCUGCUCCCGUUCCGAAUGGCCCGAACAGGCCAUCUGCUCUGCGUGCACCUGCCCAGGGCCCUCACGCAGGAGCGAGAAGCUUUGAGCCUCAACGAUCUCCUUCGCAUCCUCAGCACCAGCAGGCGCGCGGACCUUCGGGCGUAGCACCACCCGGCAGUCCCUUCCAGCCACAGCAGUAUGCACAACCUGGAGGGCAGCAGCCGAGAUCACCUCACUUGCCACAAGCGCAGGCGAUGCAUCAUCCUAUGCACGGCAUGCAAAGCCCUCCCUGGGCUCAAGGACAUGCGGGCCACCAGCAGUUUGGACAGGUAGGGCAGCAAAUGUACUACCCUCAGAUGUAUCAAGGGCCUCAUUACCACCCACAACAGCACCCGAACCAGCCACAUCCCCAGCACUGGGCAGGUCCUGGCAUGCCCUACGACAUGCCGCGAUCGCCUCGCAACGUACCAGCUUCGCCUAUGGGCGGCGCUCCAAACGGCGUGCCAGGCACACCGGGUCUUGCAUCUCCCGCUGCCAACAGAGCUGUCCCUGCUGCUACACCGACGGGUCCUCACCCUUCUCAACUCGGCAUGGGCCCUGCACCAGGCGCUAGGCCGCAAGGUUACUCAGGACCAAGCGGAGGAUACUCGCACUCCCCCUCGGCUUCAUUCAAUGGUGGCAACCCAAUGAGCCCGUCUGCCAGGCAGUUUGAGCCAUCAAAGAGGAUAAGCAGCGCGAUAGCCAUCGUCAACCCAGAGACGCGAGCUGAAGUGGAUGUGAAACCAGGUGCUUCUGGCACCUCUUCUGCUGCUCAGACUCCCACGUCAAGUGUGCCCCAGCCUUCCACGCCCACCACCUCUGUUGGAUCACCGAGUGCUACACCGGCAGCAGCGCCUGCGAGCGCUCCUGCAAAGAGUAAGAUCACGACGACUGCUGCUUUCCAAGCUCAGGUGCAGGCUGCGGCAGCGGAGGCUAAGCGCAAAAAGGCGGCAGAGGCUGCUGCUGCUGCUGAGGAGCUAGCGACAAGAGAGAAGGAGGCUGCGGCAGCUAAGAAGGCGGCCGAGGAGGAGGAAGCAGAGAAGCAACGCCUGGCUGCUGAGGAAGAGGCGCGGAACAAGCGCGAGGCUGAAGAGAAGGCCGAGGCUGCAGCCAAGGAGGCUGAAGAGAAGGCUGCUGCCGAGCGCAAAGAGCGCGAGGAGCGCGAGGCAGAAGCAAAAAAGGCUGAAGAGAAGGCUGCUGCCGACCGCAAAGAGCGCGAGGAGCACGAGGCCAAGGAAGCCAAAGCCGCCGUGGAGCGCGAGGCAAAGGCAGCUGCUGAAGCUCAAGCUGCGGCGAGCAAGGCAGCUGCCGAGGCUGCUCCUGGUGACAACUCGCAAAAGUCUCGCGAGGGGUCGCCGCGCCCGACGGCCAUCGAUCUCAGCAAAGCCAAGGGCAGUGAUGAGGGCGAGAAGAAGCUCGUCCCUCCUCCCUUGUCUACGCGUCGCUCGGUCGCCGACAUUGAACGCAUUGCCAACGAAGCUUCUUCCAUGCCUCCCACUCCUCUUGACGCGCCUCCUCGCACCCCGGCUGUGCCCAACACGCCCCGCACGCCUGGCACGCCCGGAUUUGGCGGUUUGCCAGCCAAGCCAAUGAGCGCGUACAACGUCAACACGCCAGUCAAGCUUGAUGCCGAAGCGAUGGAGAAGCGCAAGCGUCCAGGCGUUUCGCCACUCGAUCUGAGCACGGCCACGAAAGCGGCCUCGGCAGAUGCACCCAUGUCGGCUGCUUUGCAGUCAUUAGGCUCAGCUCGUUUCAUCGAGGACAUCAGCAAGGUCUCAUACCCAGCCAAAAUCAGCUCGCCCAAGCCUGAACUCAACGAAUCGGCAGAGCCAGGCAAAUUCCGGUACGACAGGGACUUUUUGCUUCAGUUCAUGGGCGUCUUUAAAGAGAAGCCUCAGGACUUGCCUCCCCUCUCCGCUCUGGGCAUGGACUCCUCACAAGCACAAGGCUCCAGAGCUCCAAGCGGACGCCGCACCUCUGGCAUGGGCCCUCCUGCACCGCCUGGCCGUGCAGGCUCCGUCGGCCUGGGUCUUGGUGCUGGCUCAAACUUUGGUGGAAAGGGAGCAGCUGGCGGUAUGGGCCAGUUCGCACACCCAAAGACCAGCGAAGAACGAUUCGCAGCGUCUUCUGCUCGUGGUCAAAUGGGAAACUUUGGUGGCCCCAUGGGCUCUUUCAACGCUGGUGCGAGGUCACAGCCGCUUUCAAGACCUGCGAGCGGCAGCAAUGCCAUACCUUCUCGCGACAUGAUGGGCAGCGGCAUGCCUGCAGGAGGCAGCAGGUCGAAAUCAGGCCGAGGGCGCGCACCAAACCCCAACGCUGGUCGUGGUGGUGGGCCACAGGUAAACCCGCCUGAGAAGGGCGGACCGACGAUCCCGAUGGACCAGGUCGCGCCUUUGGCCAUGUCAGAGAACAGAUGGCAGGGUGGACGUGGUGCUGCUGCGCCCAAGGCCGACUCGCCUGAAAUGGUCACGCGUAAAGUCAAGGCUUUGCUGAACAAGCUCACGCUCGAAAAGUUCGACAGUAUUUCCUCUCAAAUUCUCGAGUGGGCCAACAAGUCUACGGAAGAGACCGACGGUCGGACAUUGAGGCAAGUCAUUGCUCUCAUCUUCGAAAAGGCCACCGAUGAGGCUGCCUUUUCCGAGAUGUAUGCACGGUUGUGCCGCAAGCUAAUGGAGGAGGUCAGCGCUGAAGUCAAGGAUGAGAACUUGACGGGCUCGGACAGCAAGCCUGUUACGGGCGGUAACUUGUUCCGCAAGUACCUCAUCAACCGCUGUCAAGAGGACUUUGAGCGAGGCUGGGCACAACGUGACGCUACGCUCGCAGCUGCCAAGGGCAAAGAGGCGGAGGACAAGGCGAAAAAGGCUAGCAAUGAGGCAGCUGAAGCGGAUGCCAAAGAGGCCGAAGAGCGAGGCGAAAAGGUCGCUGCGCCAAAAGAGGCUGAGCUGUUGUCGGAAGAGUACUAUGCAGCAGCGAAAGCAAAGCGUCGUGGUCUGGGUCUCGUGCGCUUCAUUGGUGAGCUUUACAAGCUGUCCAUGCUUACAGAGCGCAUCAUGCAUCUUUGCGUCAAGAAGCUGCUUCACAACACUACGGAUCCCGAAGAGGAGGAGAUCGAAAGUCUUUGCAAGCUUUUGACAACGGUGGGCAGUUUGCUGGACACGCCAAAGGCCGAGGCGCACAUCGAUAUCUAUUUCCAGCGCAUGCGGGAGAUGAAGGAGGCGCCGACGAUCAACUCGAGAAUGGCCUUUAUGCUUCAAGACGUCAUCGAGCUGCGGGUAGGUGGCUGGGUGCCAAGGCACGACAACUCUGCGCCCAAGACGAUUGCCGAGAUUCACGAGGAUGCAGCAAAGCAAAAGGCACAGAGCGAGGCCGAAAAUGCCGCGCGCGCUGCUCGCGGCGGACCUAUCCAGCGCGGCGGCUCACGGCGAGGCCAAGCUCGCGGCGACUUUGGCGGACCAGGCGCGCAAGGUCCAGAUGGUUGGAACACGGUUCCCGCAGCUCCUCGUCAGAGCAAGGCUGGAGAUCUUACCGCGUUCGGUAAAGUCACACGUAGCGACUCGAAUCGGCCGAUCGGCAUCGGACCGCAAAGCGUUUUUGCGCGCAAGAAUCAAAAGUCUGAGGAUGGCAGCAACCCGCCUUCGCGCACGAAUUCUUCUGCCAACAUGUUCAGCUUGCUGAACCAAACCGAUGCGGCUGACCCGACUGCCGCGCAGCAGAACGCCGCCGCCGCCGCAGCCGGGGGCAACGAACCUCAACGGCCAAAACUCAACUUGGCACCUCGGACCAAGCCCAUGCCCGGUGACGGCAAGGCAGACGAUGCGGCUACAACCAAAGAUGAAGCUCAGGCAGACGAAGCAGAACUCAGCGACGAGGAGGCCAAGCGCAAAAUCAGCAACGACGUCAAGGAAUUCAUCGAGUUGCGCGAUGUGUCCGAAGGCAAGAUGGCACUGGAGGUGAGUAGUCUUUGCCUGGCUUUAUAUGCUCGCUUGCUCAUGCCUCUUUUCCCCUUUUCAGAGUCUGCCGUCGAGCCGGAGAGGCGAAUUUGUGGCAAAGAUCGUGGAAGUCGUCCUGAACAAGAAGCAGGACGACGUGCGGGAUGUUUGCAAGCUAUUCACUGCCGCCACGGAGUCGGAUCUCAUCUCCGAAGAGGCGUUCGUCGAGGGACUCAAGGACCAGGUCGCCUUUCUCGAUGAUCUUGCUGUCGACAUUCCUCAAGCGUACACGUUCGUUGCCAUGCUUGUCAACGCCGCCGGCUUGCCGCAGGAGAGGAUAGAGUCGCUCGCUGACACGAUAGAGGGCGACGGUCUCAAGCCUCCGAAGCAAAAGGUGUGUGAAAUCGAAAAAGGCAGCAUGAGGUUGCGGCGAUAGACUGACGCACCUUUGUGCUCCCCCUCCAGUUCCUCGAGAAGAUCGAGUCCACCAAAAGUGGUUGA